UGCCCCAACAUUGGUGUCAGGGGGAGGAAUAGUGCCCCAACAUUGGUGUCAGUGGGGGGAAUAGUGCCCCACAUUGGUGUCAGUGGGAGGAAUAGUGCCCCAUCAUUGGUGUCAGUGGGAGGAAUAGUGCCCCAUCAUUGGUGUCAGUGGGAGGAAUAG